AUGUCCGUUGUCCGGUCCUUUAAUGUCGAAACGAACCCCGCCCGGCCCGUCCGGCCUUCUCCUCUCACCACGUCAACCAUACGAGACAUGCCGCUCGACCUCGUUGACCGCAUCAGAUCCUUUCCCCUGUUUAUGUCCGCCCCCGAAGAGUUUCUCCUCGCCAUCGGAAACCACUUGCGGCCGCAGGCCGUAUACGCCGAACUCAAGCCAGGUGCUUUCUUCGGGGAGAUUGGCGUGCUCAUGGAUAUGCCAAGAACGGCAACCAUUGUCGCGCGGGCGAAAUGCCUAGUCCUUGUUCUCAAGAAGGAGGAUCUCCACGCCGAGCUGCCCAAGUUCCCGGAGAUGGAAAAGGCCAUACGACAGGAAGCCCAGGAAAGACUGAAUAUUCUCAAGAAAAACAACGGGAGCGGGGCCCCAAGACCUACCCCCUUUACCGAUAUUGUCCGGCAGGGGAGCACGGGGAACGACAUUUACUUUAUCGUGCGCGGCGAGGCAGAAGUAAUCCACGAGCCACCUAAAGGCACGGACAACCCGUCGCGGCAUCGGAAAUUUUACCAACGACCGAGGUUACGUCAAGCUGUGGAAGAGAUGCCCACCCAAUAUAAAAAGCAGGUAGAAGAGACGGCGCGGAAGCGGUACCGGAAGCCUGGCGAGGACGAAGACUCGGUCAUGAAGGACGCCCCCGUCAACCGCUCUCCCGGACCAAAAGAACCUGGUAGCUCGCGGCAAUCCGUACCGCAUGUCACAUUUACGACGGCACCGAAACAAUCGCUACCAAACAGCGUGUCGGAAGAGACGAUGGAGCCCGGCGAUCCCGACCCCUUUCUCAGCGUUGACAUGGAGAAUCUCCGUAAUCGGAGGAGAAACUCGUUGGCGCCUCCGGCACCCCAAACGACGUCAACGACGCUUCCGGACGGGGCCGUAUCUCCUACGACGACGGGCAUGCGGUCUCCGUUGUCAGAGGGAACCUCGCCGAUCAAGUUCAUCAUGCCCUUUGUUCACUCUCCAACCGAAUCCGAAAUGCCCGUCAAACGGGCGAGGACCCUGCCUCAAUCCUCGCGGCGGAGCUCGACGACGCCGGAGGGCAAGCCCGCUCUUCCGGACAACCUCUUGAUAGCGGUGAUGCAGUUUCUGGACCCGGUGGAGCUCAUGCGCCUCCGAGAGGUGUGCACGCACUGGCGCAACAUUGCGACGACUUCAGACAAGCUGUGCAAGCAAGUGGACCUGACGCCGUAUAGCAAGAGUAUCAAUGACACCGUGCUGGCACACAUCCUUGCGCCGUUUAUCGGGGCACGGCCAGACUACAUCGACAUUAGCAACUGCUUCCACAUCACGGACGAGGGGUUCGGGGCUCUAUGGAAAAUGUGCGGCAGCAACGUCAGGGUGUGGCACAUGCGGUCAGUCUGGGACGUUUCGGCCAGCCAGAUCCUGGAAAUGAGCGAGUACGCUAAAGGUCUCGAGGAAGUGGACUGGAGCAACUGCCGUAAGGUGGGGGAUAACCUUCUCGUGCGCGUCGUUGGCUGGGUGGUGCCGGAUACCCCUGCCAACAGGCAACAGGCAGCGGCAUCCUCGGCGGCUCCGGGGAGAGCUAAUCCACCGCAACGGCUCCCGCAGCAGAACGCGGCGCAACAAAAUCGUGCCCCCACAAUGCCGGCCCCGGGACGGUGA